AUGAAAUUUUGUGAAGAAAACGGAAUUGUGUACACUCAUGAAGCGUUCGAUUUUUCUGCAAAAGGAAGACCAAAGUCAAAACCUGCUUCACAAAUGUAUUCAACCAAAGUAGAUAGUCAUUUGGAAGACAAAGAUAAGUUGUUAAAAAAAAACAAUCGUAAAACAGAAGCUCCGGUAAGCGUACCUCAAACUGUUCCAGAAGUAAAUUCUUCCGAACCCUUUCCUACGGAUGAUUCUUUCCAGAAUAAAGUUUUUAUUGGUGAUUUCGAAGUUUUAAUUGAAAAUGGCAAAUUUAUUUGUCCAGUUAAAGUAUGUGCAAAACAUUUUCGACGUGAAAAUCUUUUACACAUGCACAUGAAACAUUAUCAUCCUGAAUUUUCAAAAUAUUUAGAUUAUACUCCCAGUGUGACUGAUUUAGCGUACGCUAGAACGGUUGGUAGUCUCGAUGUCGCUGAAGGAACCUGUUCCGCUCCCCGAAAAGUAACCGAAAAGUCUGAAAAACCUCCUGCCAAAGUUGAAAAUGUUCGUAAAGCAGUCGAUACCUCGAUCGAUCAUUCGAAAGAAAAAAAAUUAAAAACAAGUAGUUCUAAGCCGGAUGGUAAAACUAAUUUAAGUAAAGCCUUAAAUGAAGUCACGACGCCUAAUGCAACCGAAACCUCAAAAGCGGAAGAAAGUCAGAAAAAUCAAACGAAUUCAAAUAACUCACAUGCAAAACAUAGUUCUAGUGGAAACGAGUAA